AUGGGAAUUUGCUCUAGCCAAAGUCAAAAAAGCCAUGAGAAACCAACUGAAAAUAAGAAAUUUGAUUCAACAAAAGAAGAAUAAUAAAAACCGGAAACUUUAACAUAGAAUAAUUAAUAGAAACAAGAUAGUAAUCAAUUGUUAUAUUGUCAAGUUUAAGGUGACACCGGAGGUCUUGUUAUCACAAGUGCCAAAAUGGGGAGAAUUACAAGGGAUUACACACUGCUUAAUCCACCACUCGGAAGCGGUAUGCACUUAAAUCACACUAUAAUAGGGGCGUAUGGAGAAGUAAGAAAAGGAAUACAUAAAUAAACCGGUAUAAUAAGGGCAGUAAAAAUUAUACACAAGUCCCAGACGACUAAGGAAGAGUAAGAGAGAUUAAUGAAUGAAGUUUAAAUUCUAUAAAAACUAGUAAGAUUAUUAAAAGAGCUCUUAGGAUCAUCCAAACAUUAUUAAAAUCUAUGAGUUCUAUUAGGAUGAUCGAUUUUUUUAUAUUGUUACAGAAUUAUGUACUGGUGGCGAGUUAUUUGAGAAGAUUAGAUACGAAGGGAGCUUUUCAGAGAAAAAAGCAGCUGAAAUUUUGAAAUAAAUCCUAUCUGCUGUCAAUUAUUGUCACUAAGAAAAAAUAGUUCACAGGUAAUUAUUAUGAGUAAUUCUAAAAGAGAUUUAAAACCAGAGAAUUUACUAUAUGAAUCUGAUAAAGAGAAUUCACUCUUAAAAAUUAUUGAUUUUGGAACCUCUCGAGAAUUUGAUGUCAACCAAAAAUUAAAUUAAAAAUUGGGUACUCCUUACUACAUUGCUCCUGAAGUACUAAACAGAAAAUACGAUGAAAAAUGUGAUAUUUGGUCAUGUGGAGUAAUAUUGUAUAUACUGUUAUGUGGGUAAAUAGUACAAAGUAGAUUAGAUUUCCACCUUUUGAUGGGAAAACUGAAGACAAGAUAAUGGAAAAAGUGAAGAAGGGCUAAUAUUCAUUUGAGUCAAUAGAGUGGGAGGAUGUUAGCAAGGAAGCAAAGGAAUUUAUAAAAAAACUAUUGUAAUACGAUCCAACAAAGAGAUACAGUGCUUAAUAGGCAUUGCAAGAUCCUUGGAUUAAGAAAUUCACAAAUGCUGCUGAGGUGGAGUAACCUUUAAUGAAGAAGGUGUUGACAAAUAUGAAAAAUUUUAGAGUAUUAAUUAGAUUAUAAAUUUAGCAACACUAAAAAUUGCAAGAAGCAUGUUUCAAAUAUAUUGUUAAUCAAUUGGCAACCAAAGAAGAGAAAUAAGAAUUAUUAAGGACAUUUCAAUCAUUAGAUACGAAUAAUGAUGGGAAAUUAAGCAAAUAAGAAUUACUGAUUGGAUAUUAAAAGAUUAUGAAUGCUGAUCAAGCUAUAGAAGAAGUCGAAAAAGUAUUUGCAUAGGUUGAUAAAAAUAAUUCAGGAAUGAUCGAUUAUACUGGUAUACAAUGAGAUAGAUUCAUUUUAGAGUUCGUGAUGGCCACAAUAGAUAGAUAAUAAUUAUUGUCGAAAUAAAGAUUACAAUUAACAUUCAGAAUGUUUGAUGCUGUAAAAUAUAUAUAUAAAUGAUAUGAAUAGGAUAAAAGUGGUUCGAUAAGUUUGGAUGAACUUAAACAGAUAUUUGGUGGAAUAUCGGAGGAAAUGUGGAAAUAGGUGGUUUAAGAAGUGGAUUAAAAUCAAGAUGGUUAAAUUUCAUUAGAAGAAUUUUGCGCGAUGAUGAAAAAGAUUGAAUGA